AUGAAUCAAUCAUGUUGUCCAGUUUGCACAUUGUACUUACGCCCAGGAAUAUCGCUAACUGUCCACUUGCAUACGCAUCCCAAAAAACAAGUCAUCAAAGCUCUGUUGUCCCUAACCAAUCAAGCAUCUCCUUCCAAAUCAGACCAAGAAAACCUUUCAGAUGACAGUAGCUCCUCUUCUGAUUCAUCAGACUCAGGUGGAUACACUUUUAUUAUACCAGAUAGAAGUAAUAGUGAGAACAAAAGUACUAUAAAUAUAUCAGAGCCGGUUAAUGAAGCGGGGAGAACUAACUUCAAUAUAUCUGAGGCUGUUAAUUCUGGGCCUAAUAAUGCGGACAGAAAUAGCCCUAACAACUGUCCAUCACCUAAAAGCCAAAACAGUCAAGCACUUUCUGAACUACGAGAUGCCCUUGAGGAUAGUCCAGAGGAUGACAACAUUGAUAUCGAAGAUAACAAUAUUACUUUUGAGGAUGACUAUCCACCAGAAUUUGAAGAAGACCAACAAGAUUGCAGUACUGGUUUUCAAGGAGAAUCAAAUGAAUCAACUCAACAUCAUGAAGUGUCAGAAGAAACAGGCUCAUCUGUGGCUGGUCACUUUAAUGAUCCAUUUCAAUCAAAUGGUAAUCUACUUGAAAAUGAAGAGUAUAUGUCACAUUAUUUUUACUCAAGUGAAAAUGCUCGUAUAUCACAUACUGAUCCAGAUCCACAACUUAACCCUCCUCAGUAUAGUACUCUUACUACAAUGGAAUUACACCCAGAAUAUUUAUCCUCAAACCAUCAAGAACAUAAUUUAACUCUAGAUAUCCAAACUGAUGAACUUAUGCCAGCUCAUGGAGAAUUAUCUGGUCAAGAGAGUUUAGAGCCCCCUGAACCAAUACUUGCAUCUAUAUGGACAAUGAAAAGUAGCGAUAAUAUUCUGCCUCAUACGAGUACUGCUUGGGAUGAUACUGUACACGAAGUUAGUACUGCUGCUAGAAAUUUAAUGUGUUUAAAGAACAGAGAAGAAAUCCCUAAAGAAGAUAAUAAAGAAAUAAUAGAGAAAAAAGAAGUGAAACCACUUAUAGGAAAAUUUGUUUGUCCUUAUUGCAAAUUAAAGUUCAAUGAUGUAAAAUCUCGUAAAACACAUAUCAAUGAAGAGCACAGAAAUGAAGAAGGCGUGAAAAAAGGUUUGAUGUACAUAAAACCAUUUUCUACUAAAAUAGAGACUGAUUUGGAAGAAUCAGCUCAACCUACUACCCUAAAAGUGGAAUGCGGCAUUUGUGAUCAACCUUUCGAAAAUUAUACACAAAUGACAUUGCAUUUUAUUGAUACUCACAAAGAUAAGAAUAAUUUAUGUCCAACAUGUAACGUAGUAUUUCCUAUGAUAACAGAAUUUCGAGAACAUAUUCUAAAUGUUCAUCCAUUGACAUGUAGUUUCUGUUCAAGGAAAUUUCACUCUCAAUUCAAUUUAACCACUCAUUUGAAACGUCACCUUCAAAUUAAGCCAUUCGUAUGUGAACAAUGUCAUAAAUGUUUUGCCAGUCGUACUAAACUUCAAGAUCACAUGAAUGGUCAUCUCAAUAUAAAACCAUACAUUUGUUCUAUGUGUGAUCAAGCUUUUAGUUGCAAAUCAAAUUUAAAUAGUCAUAUUCGUAAACUACAUCAGAAUAAUGGAACUGCAAAAGAUUUUUAUUGCCAUUGUGGAGAGGUAUUUCACUCAUUAAAAAAGCUUGCAUGGCACAAGGAAACUCAUGAAGAUAAACCUAAACAAUGCCCCUGGUGUUCAGAACGUUUUGUGCACUUAACAUCUUUAACUAGGCAUAUACGGUGUUCACAUGAUGCCUCAUAUUUGCCUACUAAAGAUCGUGAUGUUGAAAACAUGAGCUGUCAUUUAUGUAAUAAUACAUUUUUGCGUAAAUCUUUUGCUACCCAUAUGCUUAUUCACAAAGAUUUAAGACCUUAUUCUUGCAAUAUAUGCAACCGAUCAUUUCGAACCAAAUGGAAUUUAAGAAUGCAUCAGUGGACUCAUAUGUCACGAACGCACAAACCUUAUAAAUGUACCCAGUGCAAAAGUGCAUUUUAUCUCAAACAUGAAUGGGAAGCUCAUGUUCGUGCUCACAAUGGUAUUCGUCCAUUUACAUGUAAUGAAUGUGGAAAACAAUUUAUCAGGAAAAAACAUUGUAUGAGACAUAUGGCCGAACAUAAGGAAGGCAAUCGUUCAUAUGAAUGCAAGGAAUGUGGCAAAAAGUUCCAUCGUAGUUAUUAUCUGACAGAUCACUUAAAGACACACACUGGUCAAAAGCCUCAUACAUGUCAUAUAUGCGGAAAAACAACUAGUUCUAAGUCAAAUCACAACAAACAUGUCCGUACACACCAUGCAAGAGAAUCAAUAAACACUGAAGGUUGAUUGAAGUGGGUUUAAGCUUCAUUAAUAAUAAAAAAAUAAUGGUUUCAAUAUUUAGACUAAACGAAUAAUUUUUUAACUAAAUUUGUACUCGUAGAUUCUUAAUUUUUUUUUAAUUGGCUGGUCCAAUAAAAUAGUGAUUUUAAUAUAUUUUGAUAAUAUAUCUGAAUUUUUAUAUUUUUAUUUAUUUGUUUAUUAUCGAUAUUGUAGACAUAAUGUAUAUUAUUAAAUAACUUUUGCAAUUAUAAAUAUCAAUAAUUUUAACCAUCAGUUUAAGUAUUUACCAUCUUUUUUAAUUAAUUCUUUAUUUUAACUAUUUGAAAUGUUAUUACCAACUUGACUUUAAUAGUGAUUUAAAUUGUACUUGACUGGGUUCUAGCAAUUUUUGUGAACAAAUGUGUAAUGUGUUUGUAUAUAAUAAGUAUGUGUAUGUCUUUCGAUUGUGUACUAUUAAUCAAAGCACUUGUGUUAAAUUA